CAAACUGUAGGGAGGGAAGAGGACUGCUAACUGGGUCGCAGAUGUAAAUGAGAACUUGUUCUCAACUUGCCUAUCUGGUUAAAUAAAGUGGCCAUGAUACAGCCAGUACUUCUACUCCUGCUACUGGCAGCCAGGUUCUCACCAGUGUUUGGGACUGAGAUAUCAGUACUGGAAGGAACCUCUGUGACCCUUGUCUUCAGAUUUCCCAGUGAGGAGAAUCACAUGCUUUGUACAACCUUUAGUAAAACCAGUAAUUGCAAAUGGUGGUCCUGUUGUAAUCCCAUAGCUGUGACAACAAUACCUACCAUCACACAAGAAAACAAAUACAGAUGUACAACUGGAGUUGAGCUGGUGAACUUCACCAUUUUAAACCUUCAUCCUGCAGACAGUGGGAACUACUGUUGCGGAGCAGCAAUCUCUAGAGUGUUAAAUAAACCUUCAGAAUUCUACAGCCUGAGGGUAGUGAAAGGUCACACAGGUUGCAACAGGGAUCUACUGGAUGGAUUGGAAUUUCUGGGCAACGAUAUUGAGAAUCAGCCAAUCACAAUCCAAAGUGCAAGUCAGUGCAGACAGGAAUGCACCAGUAUUGACAAGUGCCAGUACUUCACAUUCAGUUGGAAGGAGACAGAAAUGAGAAACAAAUGUUCCUUGAAGGCCUCAACUGGUGAUCUGUUGAACUCAAGAAUUACAAUACAGCGCCUCCAAAAUGCAACUUCGGGCUAUUCCCUGAAAAGCUGCAGUGGUAAAGAUUAUCUGCACUACAUCAACAAGUCCAAGAGCUGGAUCAAUGCCAUGGAGUUCUGCAGAAGCCGUGGCUCCAAGUCCAACCUGGUGCACAUCACCAACCAGACUGUGCAUGCUGACGUGACCCAGCUCAUUGCCAAUGUGGAGCUGGCAUGUGGGGGGGUGUGGAUUGGUCUGGAGCGGUCCAUCUUUGAGUGGAACGCCCCCUGGCUGUGGACCAGUGGUGAUGUUGAUAAGGUGGUGAAGUACAGUGAGUGGCACAGCUGCUUCCCCCUCAACCCCAUCAAUUACCACUGUGGUAAGAUGGUCCGGGUUGGUAACGGAGAACUGAAGUGGCUGGAUGCUUCCUGUCAUCAGGAAUUACCCUUCAUAUGUCAAGAUCUCCGCUAGAGGGCUCUACAUGGCAGCCUGGACAGACUGCAGCCAGACACCACACUGAUCUACCAGAGAGACUACCACACUCAUGGUCUGGAAGGAACCUGCAUUUCAAUUCAUAAUAUUUUACACCAAUAUAACUAUUACUAUUAUUAGGACAUUUUAUUGUCAUAUUUUACAUUAUAUUACUUAAUGAUACUGUACUUACAUAUACUGACUCAUAAGCAUUGUUAUUUGACCUAUAGUUUACUGUAAUACUUUGAUUGUUUUAAAAUAGAGUACAGAAAGGUAAAGUUAAAGUAUUAACUGAACAUGUAGUAUUUAACUCCUGUGUGAUAUGUACUGUUACAGAACGCUAUUUAGUUAGAAUGUAAUUAUUGUUAUUUUGUAUUUCCUUUCGUCUCUGUUCUGAUUAAACAUCCAGUUACAGGUU